GACACAUGGUGAACAUCCGUAAAAAAUAGCAACUGGAAGCUGUCGCUGGCAAUGAUUCUCAGAGUUUAUAGCCUGGAAUUGCCCUCCUACACCAGAGUACCUUCGAGAUAAAAACACCAACUGGAAAUCCCAUUGAAUCCCAGUAACUCUGAAUAUCACGAUGCAAGAAAAAUGGGAUACAACUGUGACAACAAUGUAGCAUGAAAUUUGGAAACCAGUGAUGUGAUCUUGUUUGACCAAAGUGAUGGCUUGUCAAGAGUUUACUGUUUUAUACACACAUCAGAAGACUAAAAAAUCCAAAGUCUGGCAAGAUGGAAUUUUAAAGUCCACUGUUGGGGGAAAUAAGGCAACCUUAUUUGAUGACAAAGGUCAGAUUUUGGAUAGCAUUUUUGUGAAGUUUCAGGUAAAGUCUGGCGAUGACUUGGAAAGUGAAAGAUAUUUAAUCACAGUUGAAGCUGAAAAAUCAUCUGAAACUGGAUGUAGUGAUCUGCCAAAGAACACAGGAGGACCAAUGUUACCAAGGAAUUGCUUGAAGUCUUUUUCCUCUUCAUCCCUACACCUGCCAGCAGGCCUAAAGCGCAAACAUACUGGUUCCCAAGGACCAUGUCGGAUGAAAAAGAAAAUGGCAAUGGAAGAACCUGAAAUAGAAGUAUCAUCUACAUCCAAGGGUCUUCAUUCAUCCUUUUCUUCUCUGUUAUUUUCUGUUCCUUGCAAGAAAGAAGAAACCAACUUUCUCAGAAACAAUGAUGGGGAUGCUUUCAUGAAGGAACAUGAAGACAUUGAGUCUCUCUCAGUUUUGACUGUCACUCCUUGUACUGAUAAACAUAAAGUGGUGCUGAGUAGAAAUCAUAAUACUGAUGGUGCAGAUGCUGAAUAUAUAAAGCCAGAAUUUCAACUGGAUAAUGGAAUGGUCAAAUCAAACUAUUGUGCAAGCAGUGACGGGACAGUUUCUCAGAACCUCAGGAGUAAAGCACAAAUUUUAGCACUACUAAACAGGGAGCAACCUGUAAAAGCCUCAGGGGAGGAAACUAUUGCCUCACUGCAAAAUCUCUCACUGCCAUCAAUUAAGUCAAAAUUUCAACUGAAUGGUCUGCCCUCAAGAAGCACAGAUUCUUUCUUAAAAAAGAAAAUGACACUUGUGUCGCAAUGUGCAAAUAACACUAAUAAAGACAGCACUAGACACAGAGAGCUGCUGAAGACUGAAAAAACCGUGCAGGCUAAAAGUCGAUGGGAUGCGUACUUGCCAUUAUGUUUAACAGAGGAAUUGUCUGAUAUAGAUGACACAGAGCAGAACAACACCAAUGCUAGCAAUUUGCACCCCGUUAAAAAGGACUUAAAGGAGAAUAGCACUGUUAAUAGGAACCAAUAUAGAGAGGAUAAUAAACAGAUUUUACAAGUAUCUCCUUCCUUGGAGAGCAAUAUUUUUCCUUUUAAUAAAAGUUAUGUCAAAAACCAACUGCAUGGGUUUAUACCAACUCAAUCUAUCGUAAGUAAAGGCAAUGAGAUUGAAGUGUCAUCUUUUGCUAGUAAUCCUUAUUUAAAUUGCAAAAAUAUAUCAAAAACAUUAAAAGAUGGAAUCUUCAAAUCGAGUAAAUGCACCAUUAUUGGUAACUUAGAAGAGAUUUGUCAGCAGUCACCAAAUGAAUCUGAUCCAGUAGUAUGUUCUACACAUUUCUCAAAUAACUCUGCACAAGGAAAUCUUGAUCUGGAUAACCAGUUUACAGAGGUUAACUUCAGUCUGUUAGAAACAUGUGAUUUUAGUGACACAGAAGAAAGAGAGCUUUGUGUAAAAAACUCAGUGUGUUUUAAAGAGGAAACUGAAACACAACUGGAGGACAGUGUUCAAAAGAACUGUGAUACAAAGGCAAGUAGUGAGGGGAAAGAUAAUCUGCAGUCAGCAUUUCUACAAGACAGAGAUAGAAUUCCUAUCUCAGAAUCUCAGCCAGUGAAGCUUUAUGAUGAAAUCUUGAUGGAGCCUAACAAAAUGAAGAAAAACUGUAUUAAAAUGCUGCAGCAUUCAGACACUACAAUUGUUGAUGCAAAAAUAAUGGCAAAUGCAGUGGAUGCUCAAAAUAUAGGUGAUAACGGAAAUUUUGUUUGUACUGGCAGAGACUUGUUAAUAGAAAAGAACGUGCACUGUGAAAUGAAUGACACUAAGCAAAAGUUUGCUGAAGCACCUUCCUCUGAAGUUGUGCAAAUAACAUCUUGUCUGUAUUCUGAUUCUCCUACAUUGAAUUCGUGCUUAAGCAAUGAUGGAGAGACCUCCACAAGAGCAACAGUAAAUAUGAUACAGGGCCACAUUCCUUUUGAAGUAGUCAACAAAAGUCAACAAAAGCCUUCCGAGUGUCAUUUUUCUCCAAGUCCAAGAAAUGAAGAAGUUGUGGUAGACAUGGAAGAACAGGAAUUCCUGAUGUCCAGAAUUGUUCCAGAUUUGUCUACAGACAAUGAAACAGACUUGUUCAGGAUGGAGGAGCCCAGUUGCCCAAAAGAGAAUGAUAUAUCUAUGCUCCUAUCCACUACUAGAACACAAAUUCCGGUUGUGACUGCACCUGUAAAUGAAGAACUGUCCAACUUAGAUUAUUCCAGCGCAAAAGCCAUUCAACAGUCCUUUCAUUUCUCAGAAGUCAACAUAUAUGACAUGUCAGAAGCAAUAGUGCCUGAGGACAGGAUGUGUGAAACUUUUACAGAAGAAAAGUGUAUAGGGGAAAGAGAAGUGUUGCUUACACAGUAUGAAUACCCUAAUACAUCAGAACAAAAGCAGCAAAGCAAGUGGAAGAAAUACCAAAACACAAAUCAUGGUGAUUUGAGAACUCAAAACAGUAGUGAAGUGUCCAUGACAGAUAACAUCCGAGCUGAGAAUAUCUUAGCAAUGUCUCUGGAUGACACAGGAGAAGGUCACAGUGAAGCCAUCAAUAAAAACCCUCCAGACUCUGCCCAUCUGCAGAUGAUGAAAAGCAUGCUUUGUAAACAGCAAAGAAACUUUAGCAGCCAAGAUUCUGUUUCAGAAGGAAAGAUACCACCUCUGCAUUUCAGUCGCAAAUGCUUCACUAAAGAAGCACCAAAGAUCACUUCUGGGCUGUCCUUUCCCAGUGUGGAAAUGGUAAAGCACUCUAAUGUACUGAAAAGGCAGAUAUGUAUCCCAGUUGAGUUUCAAUCUCCUGCACAUUAUAAACAGAUUUUUACUGCUGCUUUAACAGAACAUUUAAACAUAUUGUUGUAUGACCUGUCACUAAAACUGCACAAAGCUCUUGGAAAAGUGGAUAUAUCCUUCUGUACCUCCAUGGAAGGAGGCCAAGAGCAAGAGAAUUCUGCACCACUCUGCAACCACAAAAUUGCAGCUAAACUACUUGUAGUUAAAAAAGAAGGCCAACACAAGGGACGACUUUUCUAUGCCUGUGAUGCUCGUAAAGCUGAUCGGUGUGAUUUUUUUAAGUGGCUAGAGGAUGUAAAACCUGGACAGAUCGCACAUAGGCCUAGAGUUGUUCUUCAUGAUAUGAAGAGCAUUGGAACUUACCUCAGGUGUCAAAAUAUUUAUCUCUAUGAAGAAUGCCAGCUUUUGAUGAGAAAAACUUUUGAUUUUCAAAGAAAGCAAUUUGGUAAGAUGGGAAAAUUUAAUAUUUCAAAGGUUAGCCUUGAUUGUGAUUCUACAGGUAAAUUAUAUCUUAAGCUGAACCGAAAAGAACACUCCUCUUUCUACAACAAAGAUGAUAUUUGGGUUAUUUCCAAAACUCUGAUUUUUGGACCUUUGGACACAUUCAUUGCAUGCAGUGUUUUCUUUGGACCAUCCUCUAGCAAUGAAGUGGAGUUGGUACCUCUCAAAGGUUACAGCCCCUCAAACUGGUGCUCAAAUACAAUUGUUCAUGCCUUGCUAGUUUGUAAUGCUAGCACUGAACUCACAACUUUGAGGAAUAUAGAGGAAAACAUUGGUUCAGCUGGUUUACCUAUAAUGCAACAUCUACUCGCAAAGUCUUUCAAAAGCAUAUCUUACAGUAACAGAAUAAAGAAACAGAAAUUUAAGUCACCAGCAUCAAACACAAAUACAGAAGAUUCUGGAGUCUUGAGCCAAGAAAGUAUGAUAGAUCUGGCAAACAAGAUGAUUCAGACAUUUCAUCUGAAUAAGGAUCAGGCUAAAGCAUUGAUUGAGAUAGGUGCCAUGAUGACAUCAAAAGAAAUUGAUACAGAAAUGGGAAAACAGCAAGCCACUCCUAUAAAAGUUAUACAUGGUGUGUUUGGAUCUGGGAAAAGUUAUUUGCUUGCCAUUGUUACCUUAUUUCUGGUGCAGAUCUUUGAAUCCAGUGAAGCAAUGAAUGACAAGAGAUCAGUGCCAUGGAAAGUACUGAUUUCUUCUUCUACAAAUGUUGCUGUAGACAGAGUAUUGCUAUGCCUUCUAGAUCUUGGAUUUGAAGAAUUCAUUAGAGUUGGAAGUAUUAGGAAAAUUGCUAAACCAAUUCUUCCAUUCAGCUUGCAUGCUGGCUCAGGACCAGAAAAUGAGCAACUGAAAGAAUUGCUUGCCCUGAUGAAAGAGGAUUUAACCCCAACAGAAAAAAUCUGUGUAAGAAAGACCAUUGAACACCAUAAACUGGGUACCAACAAAGCUCUUCUGCAGCAGGUGAGAGUAGUAGGAGCCACCUGUGCAGCCUGCCCGUUCCCUUGCAUGAAAAAUCUUAAAUUUCCCAUAGUGGUUCUGGAUGAGUGCAGUCAAAUGACAGAACCUGCAUCUCUCCUUCCUAUUGCAAGAUUUCGAUGUGAAAAGUUGAUUCUGGUAGGAGAUCCUAAACAGCUACCACCCACCAUUCAAGGGUCUGAAAGUGCACAUGAUAAUGGUCUGGAGCAAACCCUCUUUAACAGACUCUGUUUAAUGGGACAUGAACCAAUAUUGCUUAGAACACAGUAUCGUUGUCAUCCUAUUAUCUCUGCCAUAAGCAGCGAACUAUUUUAUGAGAGAAAUCUGUUGAAUGGCAUUUCUGAAUUGGAUCGAACUCCUGUUGUGAAUUGGUUACCAACAUUAUGUUUUUAUAAUGUUAAUGGCUUUGAGCAGAUGGAAAGAGACAAUAGUUUCCACAAUAUGGCAGAAUCUUGUUUCAUUGUCAAGUUAAUCCAGUCUCUGAUUAUCAGUGGAGUAGAGGGAUCUAUGAUUGGAGUAAUAACCCUCUAUAAAUCACAAAUGAGCAAGAUUUCUAACUUACUUGGUGCUGUUCAGUCAGAUAUCUCACAAAUUAAAGCUGUUCAGGUGUCCACUGUUGAUGCUUUUCAAGGGGCAGAAAAGGAAAUCAUUGUCUUAUCUUGUGUAAGGACAAGACAAGUUGGCUUCAUAGAUUCAGAAAAGAGAGUGAAUGUGGCACUGACAAGAGGGAAGAGGCAUUUAUUGAUAGUGGGAAAUCUUAGCUGUUUAAGGAAGAACAAGCUAUGGGGAAGUGUCAUUCAACACUGUGCAGGAAAUAAAAAUGGAUUACAACAUGUCAGUGAGUGUGAACAGCAACUGAAUGAUAUUAUUAGAUCUUGUCUGGAAAGGAAGAAGGAAGAAGAAAUAAGCACACACACAGAGAAAUCUAAAAGUAAAUCUUUUUUAUCAAAAACAAAAGAAUAGCAAUGUGCUUUCUCUGCGAAUUAUGUAUACUAUCUUGUUGUGAUAUAUUAAGUCCCAUCAAUAUAACAGAAAAUUGCUAAAUGCUUAAGUGCAAUAAAAGGUUUGUUAACCAAGUUUUCCUAUUCAAAGGUAAUGCCAUUAGAAACUGGACAUUCUUUUUCACAUUCUCUCCCUGCUCCCACCCCGCUAAUAUGUGCUUAUUUUAAUUGUAUUUUUUGUUUACAUACUCUGGAGCAGAAUAAAGCUGGGAUUUAAACAUUA